AUGCCUACCAUCUCGGUCGACAAGGCCGCUCUUUUCAAAGAGUUGGGCCGAGAGUAUACUACGGAGGAGUUUGAUGAGUUGUGUUUCGAAUUUGGAAUUGAGCUUGACGAAGAUACCACAAACUCGGACCGCCCUAUCGUCGAUGGAAAGCAAGAAGCCCCGCAACUCAAGAUCGAGAUCCCCGCCAACCGAUAUGACUUGCUGUGCUUCGAGGGCAUUGCGCUCAUGCUGAACAUCUUCCUGGGCCGGAAUCCCCUGCCCGAGUACAAGUUGACUCAGCCGGCACAGAUGGAGCAGAUUAUUGUCAAGGAAGAUACCACGAAAAUUAGACCCUACGUGGCUGGUGCAAUUCUACGGAAUAUCAAGUUUGACCAGGCUCGUUAUGAGUCCUUCAUUGCCCUCCAAGACAAGCUCCACCAGAACUUGGCCCGGCAACGAACUCUGGUAUCAAUCGGUACCCACGAUUUGGAUACUGUGAAGGGUCCCUUCACUUAUGAGGCUCUUCCUCCCAAGGAUAUCAAGUUCACCCCAUUGAACCAGACUCAGGAGAUGGAUGGCGAGGAAUUGAUGAACUUCUACGAGAAGCACCAACAGUUGGGCAAGUACCUGCACAUCAUUCGUGAUUCUCCAGUCUAUCCCGUCAUUUACGACUCCAACCGGACUGUCUGCUCUCUGCCACCUAUUAUCAACGGUGAUCACUCCAAGAUCAGCCCGAACACCACCAAUGUUUUGAUUGAGAUCACAGCGCUCGAUAAGACAAAGCUGGACAUUGUGAACAAGAUGAUGGUCACCAUGUUCUCCCAAUAUACCUUGGAGCCGUUCACCAUCGAGCCUGUCCAGAUUGUGUCUGAGCACAACAACGAGACUCGUGUCACCCCCGACCUCGCUCCCCGCACUGCUGAGGCUGAAGUCUCGUACAUCAACCAGUGCUGUGGCUUGAGCCUCAGCCCCACUGAGAUCUGUACUCUUCUCACAAAGAUGGCCUUCCGCGCCAAGCCUUCGACCACUUCUUCAGACAUCAUCAACGUCGAAAUUCCCCCCACCCGUGCCGAUGUUCUCCACCAGUGUGAUAUCAUGGAGGAUGUGGCCAUUGCCUACGGCUUCAACUCGCUUCCCCGUGCAUUCCCCGACAUGUCCGGAACAGUCGCUCAACCUCUCCCCAUCAACAAGCUUUCUGACAUUGUUCGUGUGGAGACUGCUAUGGCCGGUUGGUCAGAGGUGUUGCCGUUGAUUCUGUGCUCGCAUGAUGAGAACUUUGGUUGGUUGAACCGCAAGGAUGACGGAAACACCGCCGUCAAGCUGGCCAAUCCCAAGACCCUUGAGUUCCAGGUCGUCCGCACCAGCCUCCUCCCAGGUCUGCUCAAGACCAUCCGUGAGAACAAGCACCACUCUGUUCCCAUGAAGAUCUUCGAGGUUAGCGAUGUUGCAUUCAAGGACCUGGCUCUGGAGCGCAAGAGCCGCAACGAGAGACACUACGCUGCUGCCUUUUACGGUAAGACUAGUGGAUUCGAGAUUGUCCACGGUCUUCUUGAUCGUAUCAUGGCCAUGCUUAAGACCAACUUCCUCGCCGAGGGCGAGACUCCCACGGGCGACUCCCAGUACUUUAUCAAGGAACUAGACGAUCCCACCUACUUCCCCGGCCAUGCUGCUUCCAUCCACCUCCGUAUUGGCGGCAAGGAACAGGUCAUUGGUUCCUUCGGUAUUCUGCACCCUACUGUGCUGGAGAAGUACGAGUUGAAGUACCCAGUCAGCACUCUGGAGCUGAAUGUUGAGGCUUUCAUGUAG